AUGACUGGACGGGACGGGCUUUCGGAUGGGCGCUCUAAGAGUAGAGCCCUGGCGCCAGGCUGUCCUCCCACCGGCCCUCGCCUUCGAAGCUUCGCCAUCAACGACUUGCUGGGUUUGGAAGCGGACUUGCCUACUCCGGCGGGGCCCGAGUUAGGAUCCAGCUGUGAAACUGCAGCGGAGCCCGCGGGGUCCGGGCCAGGACUCUGCGGUUCCUGCCCUGCCCGUGGGGCUCUCCCGCUGGGGCUGGGCCUCUUCUGCGGCUUCGGGGCGCAGUCCCCCUCCGCGGCCGCUGCUCGUGCGCGCUGCCUGCUCCUCGCCGAUCUGAGGCUUCUCCCACCCGCGGGUCCCGAGCCUGCCGUCGCCCAGAGCCCCGUCCGCCCGUCGCCUGCGCUUGACCGCCAGCAGCGCAGCGAGAGCGUCUCCACGUCGGAUGGGGACAGUCCAUCUGAAGAAAAGAAUGACCUGAAGAUGUCCCCUGCCCCGGGCAAGAGGAAGAAGCGGAGGCACAGGACAGUUUUCACUGCCCAUCAACUCGAAGAACUGGAGAAGGCAUUUGGUGAGGCUCACUACCCGGAUGUGUAUGCCCGGGAAAUGCUGGCUGUGAAAACAGAGCUCCCUGAAGACCGAAUACAGGUCUGGUUCCAGAACCGGAGGGCCAAGUGGCGCAAGCGAGAGAAGCGCUGGGGCGGCAGCAGCGUGAUGGCUGAGUACGGACUCUACGGGGCCAUGGUGCGCCAUUGCAUCCCACUGCCAGAUUCCGUGCUCAACUCUGUGGAUAGCCUGCAGGGCUCUUGUGCGCCCUGGCUUCUGGGGAUGCAUAAAAAGUCUAUAGGGAUGAAGAAACCAGAAAGUGAAGACAAGUUGGCAGGACUCUGGGGCCUUGAUCACCUCAGGGAAGGCGCUAGUAAGGAUCAGCAUGGACUUGAAAGGGGCCCAGGCAACACGAGCCUGAACCCUGAGGACAGCUUGGAAGAUGUUGCCAUCGACCUGUCCAGCUCUUCCAGGCAGGAGACAAAGAAAAUGUUCCCAGGGUCCAGUGCUCAGGGAUGUUCCCAUGCCCCAGGGGAGCAGGUGCUCCAGCCCCCAAAGGUGGGAGCCUCAUGA